AUGGGUAUCCGUUUGUUCAAUGCUAAGCAGGCUGUGAGGCGUAUUCUUUUGUCUGCAGAAGAAAGCAGUAAUGUGCCAAAAGGCCAUUUUGUUGUGUAUGUUGGAGAAACUCAAAAGAGAUGUAUUGUUCCCAUCUCCUACUUGAAGAACCCUUCGUUUCAGAAGUUGCUUAGACAUGUUGAAGAAGAGUAUGGCUUUAACCAUCCCAUGGGAGGUCUCACCAUCCCAUGCACUUCUUGGCUCAACCACUCAAUCUGUUGUCAACUGAUAAUUCCCAAUCGUUUCACACGUAAAAGCCCUUUGUACGAUGGCUCUACAAGGAAAGUGGCGAUGGAGUCUGAAGAGCAGGACAUGGCUGGUCCAGAAAGUUGA